GCAUCAAACACCUCAAAAUCUCUCUUAUCUCUCUCUUUCCCUCACAGAAACAACAAUCAAGUUUCACCAGUUAAGACACCAAGUGAAAAAUGAAGGCAACAUACAUUGCAGUUUGCACACUGCUAGUGGUGCUUCUCUUGGCUCAAGUUCAGGUUUCAACAGCAGUGACAUGCAGCCCGACACAACUAAGCUCAUGUGUGAGCGCGAUAACAUCAUCACAGCCACCAUCCCAGCUCUGCUGCAGCAAGAUCAAGGAACAGAAGCCUUGCCUUUGCCAGUACGUAAAGAACCCUAACCUCAAGAAGUUUAUCAACACCCCAAAUGCCAGGAAGGUUGCUAGUACUUGUGGAACUCCCUUCCCAAAGUGCUAAGUCAUCAUUACCAAAUCCAAAACCCUCUAUGGAUGGAUCUCUUCUUUCAUGUUUCUCUCCAUACCACCACAAGCUCAUGGGGUUGGGAGAAAGGAGAGAAAUAGUUUAUCAUAGUUGUGUGUUAUUAUUUUCAUAAAUAUCUCUGUUGUGCUGCUGGUUUGUAGUAGAGGGCACUAGCUAGUUGUGGUGGAAAUAUUGUUGGGUUAUGGUUUUAGUUGUCACCAGUUCUAGUCUCUUCAUGGGUGUCUAUUACAUGUAUCAUAAUAACGUUAUUGGAGAACCACUAUAUCAGUUAUGGGAAAUCAGUAUUGGAC